AAUCUUAUCUGUUCAGAGUGUGGAGAUGAAUUUACUUUACAGAGUCAGCUGUCCAUACACAUGGAAGAACAUCGUCAAGAAUUGGCAGGCAGUAGGAUCCACAGCUGCAAGUCUUGCAAAAAGGAAUUUGAAACUUCCUCACAGCUAAAGGAGCAUAUGAAAACUCACUAUAAAAUAAGGGUAUCAAAUACCAGAUCUUAUAACAGAAAUAUUGACAGAAGUGGGUUUACCUAUUCCUGUCCCCACUGUGGAAAGACGUUCCAGAAGCCGAGUCAGUUAACACGACAUGUUAGGAUACACACAGGUGAAAGACCUUUUAAAUGCAGUGAAUGUGGAAAAGCCUUUAACCAGAAGGGGGCAUUGCAGACCCAUAUGAUCAAGCACACUGGUGAAAAACCCCACGCUUGUGCCUUUUGUCCUGCAGCCUUUUCUCAGAAAGGCAAUCUUCAGUCACACAUACAGAGAGUUCAUUCAGAGGUGAAGAAUGGCCCUACAUACAACUGUACAGAAUGUAGCUGUGUCUUCAAAAGCUUGGGUAGUUUAAAUACGCAUAUCAGCAAGAUGCACAUGAGUGGUCCACAGAAUUCUGCAAGCUCUUCAACAGAUGUAUCUCACGUUACAGCGGACUCUGUCACUCAGCCUUUAACAACAUCCCCUGCUAAUCUUUUGCAAACUGUUGAUAACAAAUGGAAGAAUGCCACGCAUUUUCGGUCUCCACUUCUUCAACAGACAGAAAACCAGGUGUCUUCAGCUCCUGCACAUCAAGGUCAGCAGGCUGUAACUGAUGUCAUCCAGCAGCUUCUUGAGUUAUCAGAACCAGGUCCUGUAGAAAAUAACCAGCCCCAACAACCUGGUCAACAACUCAACAUUGCAGUGGGAAUCAAUAGAGAUAUUUUGCAGCAAGCUUUAGAGAACAGUGGGUUGUCUUCGAUUCCCGUCUCUGCACAUUCUACUGACUGCAGCCAGGCUAAGACUCCUGGGGCCCAGGAUCAGAACCCAGACGUCCAGACUCUCUCAAAUCAUCAGGCUGACUCUAAUGCAGAACAAGAUAAGGAGCAAGAGAGUACAGAUAAACUGGAUAAAAAAGAAAAAAAGGUUAUUAAGAAAAAAUCACCGUUUUUACCUGGUUCUAUACGUGAAGAAAAUGGAAUAAGGUGGCAUGUUUGUCCAUAUUGCUCUAAAGAAUUUAAAAAACCAAGUGAUCUAGUGCGCCACAUUCGCAUUCAUACCCAUGAGAAGCCGUUCAAGUGUCCCCAGUGUUUCCGCGCCUUUGCUGUUAAGAGUACUCUCACAGCACACAUAAAAACACAUACUGGCAUUAAAGCUUUCAAGUGCCAAUUUUGUAUGAAAUGCUUUUCCACCUCAGGGAGUUUAAAAGUUCACAUUCGUCUACAUACAGGUGUUAGGCCUUUUGCUUGUCCUCACUGUGAUAAAAAGUUUAGAACAUCGGGCCACCGGAAGACUCAUAUUGCUUCACAUUUUAAACAUACUGAACUAAGAAAGCUGCGACAUCAACGUAAACCUGCAAAAGUUCGAGUAGGAAAGACGAGUGUUCCAGUACCAGAUAUUCCUUUGCAAGAGCCCAUACUCAUAACUGAUUUAGGUCUUAUCCAGCCAAUCCCAAGGAAUAGCCAGUUCUUCCAAAAUUAUUUUAACAAUAAUUUUGUGAAUGAUGCAGACAGACCAUACAAAUGUUUUUAUUGCCAUCGAGCCUAUAAAAAAUCUUGUCAUCUUAAACAACACAUCAGGUCACAUACUGGUGAAAAGCCAUUUAAGUGCUCUCAGUGUGGAAGAGGUUUUGUGUCAGCUGGAGUUCUGAAAGCACAUAUUAGAACACACACUGGAUUGAAAGCUUUUAAGUGUCUUAUAUGCAACGGGGCCUUCACUACUGGUGGUAGCCUCAGGCGACAUAUGGGGAUCCAUAAUGACCUUCGACCGUAUAUGUGUCCGUAUUGUCAAAAAACAUUCAAAACAUCACUAAACUGUAAAAAACACAUGAAGACUCAUAGAUAUGAACUUGCACAGCAACUUCAGCAGCAUCAGCAGUCUGCUUCAAUAGAUGAUUCUACAGUAGACCAGCAGAGCAUUCAUGUUUCUACACAGAUGCAAGUGGAGAUUGAAAGUGAUGAGCUACAGCAGUCAGAAGCUGUUGCAACAGAUCAGCAGGCUAUUUUAGAGUUAGACCAGCAGCCAGUAGUAGGCACAGAAGAAACAGCACUAGAACAACAAUUGGCUGAUCAGCCUUUAGAGCAAGAUGAGGAUAGAUUUGUGACAUCCCAGCAUGCUUUACAGGAAAACAUCACUCAGUUUGAACAACAAGCUAUAACACAGCAGCCCUUUGAUCAACAGGGCUUAUCACAAGGUUAG